UUCAACAUAAUCAGAAGCACAAAUUAAAAUAGCUAUAACUUCUUAGCAGCUAUCAUACGUACGGAUGACUGACCACUUCUUAUUAAAAAUUUUACAACAUAUGCAGUUAACGUAGGGAGGGAUAUGAAUCAUUGCACGCACGCCAUCCACUUCACAGCAUUGCAACCGACAAUUUCCAAGCGACUAUACUUUUCAACUUUUCUAAAACAAGUUGUACCGACCAGACGAAUCGAUCGGUAGAACGAGUACCUAAAAAACACGCGCAAGCGUUGCGCUGCUCCAUGCAUCUCCCACUGACGCGCGGCUUCAUUCUAAUAACAACUUCACUCCGCGAUGUCGAACGAAGCAGUGAUCAUAGAAGCUGACAGCAACAGUGACUACAGUCUUCAAUUAAAUCGAUGGUUCUUGAAACCGAUCGGUGCAUGGCCAUCGUCUCCGUCCACGACAAGACUGGAAAAGAUUGUUUCAUUUAUUUUAAACAUCAUUUGCUUCACCUCCGUAAUCAUCACUGCGAUUCCCAGUGUAUUGCUACUCAUUCUAGAAGACGAGAGCAUUAACUUGAAAUUGAAAACUCUAGAUUUCUUGAGUCAUUUGUUCGUCAGCAGCUUUAAUUAUAGUACCUUGUUAAUACACAGCAAAGACAUACGACAAUGCGUAGAACACAUAGAGGCUGACUGGCGAUCAGUAACUAGGGAGGAGGAUCAACACGUAAUGAUAAAAAACGCGAAAUUCGGUCGUUAUGUAGCUGCUUCAUGCGCAAUUUUCAUGCAGGGUGGCAUUUUGUGCUUUUGUUUCGUGACAGCGUUAACUACAGUCGAGAUUCAAAUUGGAAACGAGACAAGAGUCUUACGCUUGCUGCCUUGUGCAGUAUACAAGAAGCUGGUGAACGUCGAUGAAAGUCCAGCAAACGAAAUCAUGCUUUCUCUGCAAAUUUGGUCUGCUCUUAUCGCGAACUCUAGUACAGUUGGAAUUUUUAGUCUCGCAGCUGUACUAGCUGCUCACGCGUGUGGUCAAUUGGACGUAAUUAUGGCGUGGAUUACUGAAUUUGUUAAGGAAACAAGAAAACAGAAGGAAACUAACAGUUUUCAGGAAAUUGGAGUAAUCGUGGAGCGACACCUGAGGACACUGAAUUUCAUAUCGUGUAUCGAGGUUGUGAUGAACAAAAUAUAUUUAUUGGAGAUGUUGAGAUGUACGAUGAACAUAUGUCUAAUUGCCUACUACAUUCUAUCGGAAUGGGAUGAACAUGAUAUUCGAAAUUUGACAUCGUAUUUUAUGAUGUUCGUUUCAAUCUGUUUUAACAUUUUCGUAAUAUGUUACAUCGGUGAAAUAUUAACGGAACAGAGCAAGAAAAUUGGUGAUGCCGUUUACUUGACAAACUGGUAUUAUUUACCCAAUAAAGAAAUCCACGACUUAAUUUUGAUCAUCGUGCGAUCGAGUAUGGUCGUUCAAUUAACUGCAGGGAAAAUGAUUCAAAUGACAAUUAAUACGUUUGGUAAUGUGAUAAAGACAGGUUUCGCAUAUUUGAAUUUGUUGCAGCAAAUGAUGUGAUGAAGUGGAAUUCUGAAAGGAUAUUAUAAGAAAAUAUCAACAAAUAAAUAAGUCGACGA